AAAGCAUUGGCUAGCAUUUACGGAGGAGGGACAUCAAUUUACAACAGUUUCUUUGUACGUGGAUGGAGUGGGGAUACGAGAAAACACGCUGCUCUGACUCAAACCAACAGACACACCGCGGACUCCUCGUGGUUGAGCCCGGCCGGCAUAAGACCACACACCGGAUCGACAGAGAGAAGAAGAAGAACAAGAGGCGGCAAAGCAGGAAGCUUUUUGUCAACCAAUAGUGAGCAAAAAGAACAAGGAAACUCAGCCAAUGAUGUCAGGUUUGAAAAAGAGAAAUUCAAAUUCCUCGGCAGACAGGGAUGAGGAGGACAGGCAGGUAAAGGAAAGGAUGCUGUCCGGCGGGGACAAGGUGGAUUCCAACCUGGGUGGAGCACGGGGUAGCGACCCCGACAGCCCUGACAACAACGCCGCCAGAGGAGACGACGGGGGAGAAGGGGUCGCCCUGAAGAGGACCAUCACCCUGUUGAACGGCGUGGCCAUCAUCGUAGGCACCAUCAUAGGCUCGGGCAUCUUCGUCACACCCACCGGCGUGGUAAAGGAGGCCGGCUCGGUGGGUCUGUCCCUGGUCAUAUGGACGGUGUGCGGGGUGUUCUCCACGGUGGGAGCCCUCUGCUACGCGGAGCUGGGGACCACCAUCAGUAAGUCCGGCGGGGACUAUGCCUACAUCCUGGAGGUGUACGGCUCCCUGCCGGCUUUCCUCAAACUCUGGAUCGAGUUGCUCAUCAUCCGGCCGUCCUCCCAGUACAUCGUCGCCUACGUUUUCGCCACCUACGUUCUCAAGCCAGUGUUCCCGGAUUGUCCGGUGCCGGAGGACGGGGCCAAGGUAGUUGCCUGCCUCUGCAUCCUCUUGUUGACCUUCGUGAACUGCUACAGUGUGAAGGCGGCCACCAGAGUGCAGGACUUCUUUGCAGCGGCCAAGCUCCUGGCGCUUGGAAUGAUCAUCAUCAUCGGCUUUGUCAAGAUUGGCCAAGGUAACACGGACCGACUUCUUCCAGAAAAUUCCUUCGAGGGGUCCAAAUAUGAGUUUGGCAGCAUCGGCCUGGCACUCUACAGCGGUCUGUUUGCCUAUGGUGGCUGGAACUACUUGAAUUUUGUCACAGAGGAGAUGAUUGAGCCUUACAAAAACCUUCCCCGUGCCAUCAUCAUCUCUCUGCCCAUAGUGACAAUAGUGUACGUUCUGACCAACCUGGCAUAUUUCACCACCCUCUCCCCUGAGCAGAUGCUCGGCUCCGAGGCUGUGGCUGUGGAUUUUGGGAACUACCACCUGGGUCCGAUGGCGUGGAUCAUCCCGGUGUUUGUAGGUCUGUCCUGCUUUGGAUCUGUCAACGGCUCUCUGUUCACAUCAUCCAGGUUAUUCUUUGUGGGAUCCCGGAGGUCACCUGCCCAUCUGCUGUCAAUGAUCCCACCCACCCUGCUGACCCUGCCCUCACUCAUAUUCACUUGCAUAAUGACCCUGCUCUACGCUUUCUCCAACGACAUCUUCUCCGUCAUAAACUUCUUCAGCUUCUUCAACUGGCUCUGCAUCGCCAUGGCAAUCAUUGGGAUGAUGUGGCUCCGUUAUAAGAAGCCAGAGCUAGAGAGACCAAUCAAGGUGAAUAUUCUGCUGCCGGUGAGUUUUGUGCUCGCCUGCCUCUUCCUCAUCAUCGUCUCCUUCUGGAAGACUCCAAAGGAGUGUGCGAUUGGCUUUGGCAUUAUCGCUACCGGGCUUCCUUUCUAUUUAAUUGGCGUGUGGUGGAAGGGUAAACCCAAGUGGAUGCUGCAGGGAAUCUCCUCGACCACAGCCUUGUGUCAGAAGGUGAUGGAGUGGUGCCUCAGCAACCUAAAAGGCCCGCCCUUUACUUAUAGCCGGGGCCAAUCGGGUUGCCACCGACAGUGAUCUCUGGGCUCUGACAUCCGAUGACCUUGAUCUCUGUUGACCCAUCUCACCCCACUCUCACUCUCUAUCUCGCUCACACACACACACACACACACACCACACCCACACACACACACACACACACACACACACACACAAAUACACAAAUACA